CUUAAUUAUUUAGUCGCUCAAGUGAGAAUUAGAACUCGAAAUGAAAAGGAAUCAGAGCCUAUUCUAAGAACAAAGAGAUUUUUAUUACUACAGCUGUAUACAACAAGGUGCAAUAACAUCAGGACCUCAAGAGGAACUACAGUUUGUGCCAACUUUAAAAAUCCACUUAACGGAAAAAUGAAGAACAAAGAUGAGGACGAUCUUCAAAAACAUGGCUCGUGAAUUUGUGGCAAUCAAAAGUUAAUCAGUACCUACGACUUAACCUAAUUUCGCUGUAAAAGCUACUGGUUGCAUUUUUAUUGGUUUCCACCAAUAUAUUGAGCCAAUCAGCGGUCAACGUGUGGUUUGUUAUAACGACGUCUACCACGUUAAAUUACCCGCAGUUUCUUUCAAUAUGUACGUGAAACAGAUUGUGUUCCUAACAGCUUUUAUAACUGUAGUUAAGGCUAUUUAUCCAUACUUUGAUACACAAGACUUUAUCUACAAUAUUCCUAAAGUCUAUCGGAUAUCUAUUACGUUGGACAAACUAUUGGAAUACUAUGAAAAGAAGCCAUCGAAAGAUCCGGAAUGGUUUAUCGCUUUAGGGGUCGCUAGAGGCCAAUUAGAAUACACAAUCAAUGAACUGGACAAAUCAGUGCCGCCGAAGCUGAGAGAAAACCUGCAGAACAUUACGAGGAAGAUGGAUAGAAUCCGAAAUAAUACUGAUAUGAGUAAAUUUUCGUAUCGCAGUAAAGAUUAUGAAUAUGUGGUAAAAGCAAUAAUAGAGAACAUGGAUGUGCUAUCAUCGCUAAUGGAACCGCUGACGCUGGGCACGGUGGGCACGCAGAAGCCGUACAGGUUCGGCUUCGAGCAGUACGUGCAGGAGGCCAGAACUAAGAUGCCUACUAGAAAAGCAGCCGACGCGUGCACAAUGCAGUUACUAAUAUCAGCAAUGGAAACUCAGACGACUCAAUCAGAAGGCGCCUGUGAGCUAACACCCGAAUGUCAGGCGCAACUGAUGAAGGGGUCAGGGUUGGCGUUUCAACAAACAAGCCGCGUCCGAGCGGCAGGCCUAGCUCGACUCUUCGAUUGUAUGGAAGGCUUAGAUCUCUCAGCACACAUUUACAAGCUCUGCAUACAAAUCUACAAAGAAACUAAAUCGUUGGAAGCUUGGAGUCAUCCUCCUGGAACUAAGACGCUGUUUCUGCAACAGAUUCUUUAUUGCGCUUCGCAAGGUUACGGGGAGUUCAUAAAACCUAGAUGGAUGAAUAAAAUCCUGGCGUGGCAGGAGCCUAAAGGAUGCUACUCUGAUGACCGGCAGUCUUUCCUCAAGCUCACAGGAUUUGUGGGACCAGCCAGUUCCCCUCCGCCGAAAGACAGAGAGGUAUAUCUAUACAUCUUAUUAUAGAGAGGA